AUGACAUCAGAAACCACGUCUACGCGCCCAUCUAAGAGGAGAAAGACCAAGAAUGAUCCAAAUGCUGUCACGAUAGGAGGAAAGGCCCUUUCUCUCGAAGGAUAUCUCACAGCGCCAGCCCCAAAACCAGCCAAGAUCACACCUCCAACUUCAACUUCAACCUCAACACCAGAAGAUUCAACUCCCAAGACAACAAGCAACACCGAAUCCGCUGACACCAAGGACGACAAUUUUUCCAAGCCUAAGAAACAUUUCAAAGAGCGCAACAAUGACAAGUUUCGAAGCCGGGAAGAUCCAAAGCUGCUCAAGACACGCAAAGAGCUUCCUAUCUGGCAGUACCGCGAGGAGAUUCAAAAAGCCCUGCGGAAAUCAGGCAGCGAUGUGCUUGUACUAGUUGGUGAGACAGGUUCGGGUAAAAGUACCCAGGUUCCUCAGUUUCUCUACCAGGAGUCCUGGUGCAGACGUCAGAGGGUCAAGCUUCCAGGUUCCAACGACGAAAUCUCGGUGGGAGGGAUGAUUGCCAUCACGCAGCCUCGACGAGUCGCUGCAACAACUUUGGCCCAUCGAGUGUCCCAAGAAGCCGGCACGCCUCUUGGGAAAGGAAGGCCAGACGGCCUGGUGGGUUAUUCGGUUCGAUUCGAUCAUCAAGUUCCGAAAGGCUCCAGGAUCAAGUUCCUGACGGAAGGGAUGUUGCUCCAGGAACUUCUGCGCGACCCUGAUCUUCGGAGCUACAGCGCCAUUGUUGUUGAUGAAAUUCACGAGCGGAGUUUGGAUGUCGAUCUUCUCGUCGGAUUUCUAAAGCAAAUUCUUUCUGGAGACCUAUCCGGCCGCGGUGGUAUUCCUCUGAAGGUGGUCAUCAUGAGUGCAACAGCGGAUGUGGAGGGGAUUCAAGAGUUCUUCAAGGAUAUACGACCCAAGAUCCAGGACACAAAUCCUCUCCAGGUUCUCAAGAUCAAAGGACGACAGUACCCAGUUGAGGUCACCCACGAGCCACGACCGGUGGCCGACCUUCAGGACGCUCUUCUCAAGACCGUUUUCAAGAUACAUCUACAGGAGCAGCUCCCCGGAGACAUCCUGGCUUUCUUGACGGGACAAGAAGAGAUCGAGUCGGCCCAGAAACUGAUCGAGGAGUACGCGGGCACAUUGGCGUCCAAUGUCCCCAAGGUCAAGGUAUUUCCUCUCUACGGCCAGCUGUCCAUGGAUGCCCAACGCGAGGCUUUCUUGCCCGUCAAAACUUCCUUCACUCGAAAGAUUGUUCUGGCGACAAAUAUUGCCGAGACCUCGGUUACUGUGCCUGGAGUCAGAUAUGUGGUGGAUUGCGGCAAGGCCAAGGUGAAGCAGUAUCGAGCACGACUGGGCAUGGAGUCUCUUCUCGCCAAGCCAAUUUCUAAAUCAUCCGCUGUGCAGCGAACUGGUCGAGCAGGCCGUGAAGGCCCAGGAAAGUCUUUCCGGCUGUAUACAGAAGAAGCAUUCAAGUCGCUUCAAGAGUCGGACCUCCCUGAGAUUCUUCGAAACGAUGUGCUUGGGGCUGUGCUGACCAUGAAAGCGCGGGGUAUCCAGGAUGUCCUUGCUUUUCCUCUCAUGGACCCCCCGGAAACCGAGGCCAUCGAGAAGGCCUUGGUUCAUCUGCACUUCCUCGGAGCGUUGAAUGACGAUGGAACCAUCACGAGUGUUGGUGAAACCAUGGCCCGUUUCCCUAUUUCAGCGCCAAUGGGUGCGGUCCUUCUCGCUGCUGCAAAGCCCGAGUUUGACUGCGUUACCGAGGCUAUCGACAUAAUAUCCUGCAUUACCUCCGGAGAAGACAUCUUCCUAAGUGUGCAAUCCGAAGAAGCUCAGGAGGAGGUUGAGGCAUCGAGGAAAGAGCUUCAGCGCCGCGAAGGAGACAUCAUCACGUAUCUCACGACGAUGCAACAGUACACGGCUGAGAACGCGGACAGGGUUAACUGGUGCAAACAACGAAAGAUCAACAUGCGCAACAUGAGACAGGCCUUGAACAUUCGGCGGCAACUCCGUGGCAUGUGCCUCAGGGAGAAACUUCUGGACGAAGCUCCUCCACAGGACCCUCAACCCUUUGUCCCCAUUUCUCCAGAGCGAGCUGAGCAGGUGCUCAAGUGCUUCCUUCGAGGGUUUGCUUUGAAGACGGCAAUGUUGGCACCAGAUGGCAGCUUCGUCACCGUUCACGGUAAACAUGUUGUCGCCAUCCAUCCUGCGAGUGUGCUGCACGGUCAGAAGAAAGAGGCCAUCAUGUUCCUCGAGCACGUAUAUACCAACAAGAAUUAUGCAAAGAAGGUCAGCGCCAUCCAGGCGGCCUGGAUUGCGGAGGCGUUGGAGGGUAAAUAG